GAAAAUUCCCCUUACUUCCCCUCGACACUGCUGGAAAGAUACAUCGAAGUGAAAUGUUCCUCAGCCCAGGCGACUUUGUAGAUGCAGUGCGCCCGCAGGAAGAAGCCCAUUAACAAAACUUGCUUGGAGUCAGACUCGAUCCAAGUUCUUUUCUACCUUUGAACCCUGUAACGAGAUAGGAUCUAUCUAGGCAUCUACACUACCGUGAACUAUGUCGGCAGCCUGUUAUUGCCCUUAUCCCUGUCGCGCCUGUUAUCCGCGUGUCCCAGAAAUUGAUGUUCCAAUUCAUCCCGAAACGAUUGGAACAUUUCUCAGUGGCUCCUCCUUAUCCUCCUGGCGACGUCCACACCGUACCUUUCCUACUACCUCAACUCUGGUACCGACAACAACUCGCGGCUUGAAUGCACGGCAAACAAGGGGGAUAGAGCAAGAGAAAGGAAAAGGAAAUCAUGACACAGGGAACAGAACAAAAGGAAGAACAGGGGUGAUAACAGAGCAGGGACAAACAGCAGGACAAGUAAGAAAAGGACGAGGAUAAAGUGGGCAAGAUACAGACGACACAGAAAAUAAUCAAAAACGGACAAGACAUGGGCGAGGACACAAAGAACUGAAGGGACAAGCACAGCCAGUGACAAUGGCGACGAUUAUACAUUCAUCAAGACAUCCGUCAUAUCUAACAGAUCUCUGAAACUUCGUACCAUUCAAUUCUUGUGACGAGCCAAAUCAGUUGGACCUCUUCCUGAAGAUGCGAGCAUGUCAGAGCCCCAGUUCAUCUGUCCGAGAACAAAAUGAUGUCCAGCGGCAGCAACAGGAUCUACUUCUUCCCCGCGCCACCAUCAAAGCUGAGACUAUACCCGCCCCCUUCACCCUGGACGACCUUGAAGUUUUCCGUACUCAAGCCAAAUGGCUUCAAAAUGCCAUUCCCCAACUCCUUUAGCUUGCCCAUCAUUUCGCUGACUUCUUUCUCCUUGGCCUCGUUGACGCGGGCCGGCAACGACACCAACGCCUGCCGAAUGGUCUUUUGAUCCGACACCGGCAGUGUGCUGAAGUACUCUGGAGCCGAGAGGGUUUUGUAGUCCUCCAGCGCGCCGGACAGAUUCGUCCAAUUCUGCGGCUCGAGGAGUGAGCGCGCCCGAGCACGACGGAGCAGCAGUUUCGUGCGGAUCCGAUGGAUGUCGGCUUUGCGUUCAUCGGAGAUCUUGAGUGACUCCAGUGCAGCAAGCGUGGCGGUCUCAUCGGCGUCGGACGGUAGUUCCACUACAGUGUCGUCUUGAUCUGAUACCGAGGGUUUCCCUUGUGCAGCAGAUACACCAUUCCGAGAGGUGGAUUCUUGCUCAGACUCGGAAUCAGAAUCCGAGUCUGAUGUGCUCUUUGUUCUUGCUCUUGUCUUUGCGCUCGCAUCCUUCUUCGACUUCGAUUUCGCCUUUUCCUUUGGUUUCGUGGGCAGUUCCCUCUCCAAGCCUUCCAGUCCUUUCUCACAACUUUCCACCGCUUCCUUCCACUGUUCCAGCUUUAGAUGGCAUGCGGCAAUGUUACUGUGCAGCACGGCCAUUUCAUAGUCGAGAUAGUUGGGCAACUCUGCCAACGCCCGGCCAUAAGUGCUAAUGGCGGACGAGUAGUCCUGCCCUGUGAACUGUUUGUUGGCUUGGGCUUUGAGCUCGUGUGACGAGGCGACCAUCUGGCUCUCCUCGUCGGGUGGGAACCGGGCCGAGUGGAACGAG